AUGCUAAUUUCCCGACCCCGGAAGGAUGAAGGAAUUGGUUGGCUAGGAGCGGAAUCGAGCUAUCAUUCAGAUCCCCGUGAAGACAACCAGAUCCGGCGUUACCGUACUGCGUUUUCUCGAGAGCAGAUCGGUCGAUUAGAGCGUGAAUUUGCGAAAGAGAACUAUGUGUCGCGAAAGACUAGAGGAGAGCUGGCCGCCGAACUAAAUCUUCCUGAAGGCACCAUAAAGGUAUGGUUUCAAAAUCGUCGGAUGAAAGACAAGCGCCAGAAGGUGGGCGGCAUUGCCUGGCCGAUGAUCCCGCCACAACUCGCCUACCUCAUGCAUCCAUUUAGUUACGACAUGUGGGCGAAGACUGUGUUCCCGCUUAAACCGAUGAAUCACUCCACUGCUAAGCUUCAAAGCAUAAACGCGCGAUCAUUUCUAAUAUAA